AUGGACCGACUAUCAUCGCGUGAGAUCGUGCAUCGAACGCUCGAGGACAUUCUGGCGGAUUUUGCUGUCCCAAGCUCCACGUCUACCAAGGGGCCCGAGGUUGUCUACAAAGGCGUGAUUCCUCAUGCCAGCCAGACACAUUCUGAGAAGAUUAACCUGUCCCUGAUCGGCACCAUUCCGUCGCUCGCCAACGCCAUCGCCGCGGCUCACAUCUUCGAGGCGCGUGGAGGGUUGCGACAAUGCAUUGAGGUCGACUUGAGACGGAGGCACAACUACAUUGACCGCGACAUUGGCAUGACACCAGCCCUCAACGGGCAGGAGAUUACCCUCAACGUGCUCGUGGGAAACCCAUUCCUCAAAAACAUCUUUGAGACCAAGGAUGGGAGGUACGCCGUCUUGAGCGCGGUCUAG